AUGGCCAAAAAAGCCGCACCUAGAGAUGAUGAAAAGCACGGAUCGGAGGAGUCCAACUCCCCAAUGUUUAUGAAAGACUGCAGAGAUUGCGACUUCUGCACUGGAUUGCAGCUACUCAAGUCGCUCUCCUUUCUGGAUCGCUAUCUUGCAGUCUUUAUUCUGCUUGCAAUGAUUGGAGGUGUUCUCCUCGGCGUUUACAAAGAACCUCAAGUCCGCAAGGCAUUCGGAGAGGGCGCACGUUUGCAAGGGACUUCUAUUCCUAUCCUUAUCGGGUUACUCGUAAUGAUGUGGCCAGUCUUGACGAAGGUUCAAUACGAGCGUCUACCCCUCAUUUUCAAAGGCCGCCAAAUCUGGAUCCAUAUCGGCAUCUCGCUUGUUUUAAACUGGAUCAUUGCUCCCUUGAUCAUGCUGGGACUUGCUUGGGCGACAAUGCCAGAGCAGAGUUUAGAGCGAGAACGCAAAGGUGUCAUCCUUGUGGGUAUUGCGCGCUGCAUCGCAAUGGUCCUCAUUUGGAACUCGCUAGCAUGUGGAGAUCCAGAGUAUUGUGCAUUACUGGUUUGCGUCAACUCAAUUCUACAAGUCAUUCUUUUUUCACCCUACUCGCUUCUCUUCUUGAAUAUUCUCGGCGGGCACUCUUCGGCUGAGCUCAGACUGGAUUAUCCGCACACCGCAGCGAGUGUCGGGAUCUAUCUCGGCAUUCCUCUAGCUGCCGGCGUGGUAACGCGUUUCACUCUCAAAUCAGUCUUAUCCCCGCAAAAGUUUUCUCGAUUCUUAACUCUCUUUGGUCCCGUCGCUCUAUUGGGUCUCUUGUACACCAUCAUAAUCCUCUUUGCAUUCCAAGGUCAACGUAUCAUUCGCAACAUUGGCUCGGUAUUCCGCAUAGCCGUCCCCUUAUUUCUGUACUUUGUCAUCGUUUGGUCUUCAACUUUCUUCGGGCUGCUUCGUCUUUCAUGGCGGAAGAACAUGGUGAGGCUAGGCGGAUAUGAAAAGGCGGUUGUGCAAGCCUUUACGGCAGGCUCCAACAACUUCGAACUCGCUAUUGCGGUCGCUGUUGCGAGCUUUGGUUCGGACUCACCAGAGGCAUUGGCAGCAACAAUUGGGCCACUCAUCGAAGUUCCUGUAUUGCUUGGCCUUACUUAUGUCGCCCUGUGGUUCCGUGACAGGUUCCAGCCUUCUGAAAAUACCCUACCAGUAUCUUCUCAAGCGCUCGAUUCUGGCGCCUGGCAUCGUGACCUACCUUUAACCAUCCCCACUUGGGAGUUGUUGUCCACAGAAUACGAAAUAGAUCUAUUGAUCAACAGCCCAGAAGCGAUCAACCUCGACCGCGAAACUAGUCACUGUCACCUCGUAGAAUAUGAGCUCCCUGGAACUGGAUCGUUCAUGCUUCUGGGGGUUGACCCAAGGAAGGACGCCAGGCUCCGUGCGACGCUCCGGUCUAGCAGACACAACUGUUGCAACCGAAUGCUCCAUCUCCAUCCGGGCGACCUCUGUCGCGAAUGCUUGAGGCAGACAAUUCGAGCGGCAAUUACAGACGGAAGUGCGGUCGGUGGGAUCACAUGUCCCAGCUACCACUGUAAUGCCAUCUUGGACUAUGAAGAUGUUCGACGUUGGGGUGGCGAGUUAUUCACCGAAUACGACUAUAUGCUACUCAGAAAGGAGCUCUUGAAAGAUGCCCGAUACGUCAGGUGUCUCCAACCGGGUUGUCUUGGUGGCCAUCUCCAUGAAGGCGGAGGCGACAAUCCAAUAGUCACGUGCACGGCAUGCCGCUCCAAACAGUGUUUCACUCAUCAAUCACACUGGCACGAAGGAUACACCUGCGAUGCAUGGGAUACCUUUCUAUAUUCCAGGAUGCAAGACGAUAAUCUCUCUGAGAGUUUGAUCGCACAGUCGACAAAAUGCUGCCCUGGUCCCAACUGCGGCCGAAAAAUCACCAAAGUCGGGGGGUGCGAUCACAUGAUAUGCAAACCUCCAGGUGGAUGUGGUUUCGAAUUUUGUUGGUCAUGCUUAGCACCGUACAAACCCAUCAUCCGGUUUGACAAUUCCCUUCACUAUGAUCAUUGCCCAUACUACUCCGGUGCUCCAGGCAUGCACCCUGCGCCACAGAAUCUUCAAGUGACUACUUACCUGAGUGGCAACGCAAAUACGCAAGAGGAAUGGGAUGGUUUCAAUUCAACAUCCUUUAGUGCCUUUUUCACUUCAACUUCUUCACGUCAAGGGAUGCAAGCGACACAGACUCCUGCCCCUGAACAUCUAAUCGACUACGAAUCAUCGGAUUCCGAUAUCAACGAAGAGGAUAUUGACCACGAGAAUGUAGAAGGGCACGGUAUCGACGAUGAUACCGACCUCGAGAGUCGGGAGGAGGAUCCAUCCCGUGAUGUUGUAACGGACGAUAGCCUGUGGUUGCAAUUCGAAGAGAUCGAUAUUGAAGAGGUUCUCGAUGACGAGGAUCCAAACCCGGGAUCAGAGAACCAUGCGGAUCAUACCCAGGAUGAAGCCGGGGAUGAUGAAGAGUAUGACGAAGAGUAUGCUGAAGAGUAUAACGCGCUCUAUGAAGAAGCGUAUGAUGAAGGCUAUGAUGAACCCUAUUACUCGAGUACAAGCUAUUUUCUGCAUACGGACUAG